CGCCAGCACAUUCAUACCAAUGGCUGUAUUAUUUCAACAACCUCCUCCACCAUCAACAUUUCCGCCUUGUCAAUUACUUCAAACAAUUCCAAAUAUUGCUGAAUCAACAACUACGAACAUUUCUCCUUCAAAAUGUUUGUUACCUCCCCCACCACCUCCCCCUCUUUCAACAACAUUAUUUCAUCUUCCUCCACCUCAAAUUCCUCCAAAUAUUGCUGCUGACUUGGCGGCAACAACAACACCUAUUUCUAAUAAAUGUUUAUUACCUCCACCUCCUCCACCGCCAUCUUUACAGCAACAACACCAGCAACAUCCGACAAGUUCAAAUAGUUUGGGAGGGGAUUAUGGUGGUAAUAGCAGCAAUGUAAAUGAUGAUUCUAUGUUUUGUGAGGAUAUUGAAUUGGACAAUUUUGAUUCUAUCACCGCUCUUCACUCUCAAAAACGACAACAACAACAACAAAAAAGAAUGUUUGUUCCUCCAUCGCCUACUACAACACCUAAUAUUUUAAGAGGACCACUACAACAGCAUCAACAGCAAACACCAUCAUCCAUUCCUCCACUUAGACAUCAACAACCACCAACAACUCUUCUUAAUAGACAACAACCCCCAACAACACCUUUAACUCCUCUUAAUAGACAACAACCGCAACAUAUUCCUUCUCUCAUACGACAACAACAAACAUCUUCAGCGGCCAUUCCUCCCCCUCUUAGACAACAACAAACACCAAUAAUCCCUCCUUUAAGACAACAACAAUUUACUCCAAUUUUUGGACGGCAACAACAACCAAUUCCUUCUCUUAGACAUCAACUACAACACCAACAACAACAGUCACCUAUUCCUACACUUAUUACUAAUAGUAGAGGAAGGAAUGAGUUUCGAAACCCUCAAAAUUUGCUUCAAAUUAACCCUAGAGAGGAUAAUAUUCUUCCACCACAACCAUCACAAAAACAACAAUUACCACCAUUAAAACCAACUCCUCCCCCUACUCGACAACCACCCACAUCUUCACAAAAAAGUGUCCAACAACAACCGGAAGAAAAGGAGGAAGGGGAAAUUGACUAUUUAACAGAAGAAUUAGAAAUUCCAGCAGAUUUUGGUUUACCUACAAGCUUUUUUUCGAAUAAACAAAGAUGGGAAGAUUAA